GGGAAGUCGGGAUGGAAAGAGAGAAGGAAAUCGGGAUGCGGAGAGGGGGUCGAAGAGUCGGGAUGGGGAGGGGGAAGUCGGGAUGCGGGAUUGACGCAAGAGAGGGUCGGAUGGUCGGGAUCGGGAGGGGGAAGUCGGGAUGCGGGGCGGAAUCUGGAUUCGGGAUGGGGAGGAGGGGUCGGAGAGUCGGAAUGGAGAGGGGGAAGUCGGGAUGCGGGAUGUGCGCAACCCGAAGACCACCGACGUUGGGAUAGCGGAGGGGGAAGUCGCGAUCGAGAAGUUGUCGGGAUGGGGAAGUCGGGAUGCGGGGGGGAGUCUGGAUUCAGGUCGGAAGACGGACGAUGCUGGGAUAGGGGAAGGGGAAGUCGAAGUAGGGAUGGAAAGAGAGGAGGACGUCGAGAUGGGGAGAGGGGGUCGGAGAGUCGGGAUGGGAGGGGGAAGUCGGGAUGCGGGAUGGACGCAAGAGAGGGUCGAAGGGUCGGGAUGGGGAGGGGGAAGUCGGGAUGCGAGGGGGAGUCUGGAUUCGGGAUGGGGAGGAGGGGUCGGAGAGUCGGAAUGGGGAGGGGGAAGUCGGGAUGCGGGAUGGGCGCGACUUGAAGACCGAUGACGUCGGGAUAGUGGAAGGGGAAGUCGGGAUCGAGAAGUUGUCGAGAUGGGGGCGACAAGGGCGAAGGGGGCAACGGAGUCGG